GCAACAUAGAGGAAGCAUGUACUUCACAACACUUUGCACUCUUGCUGCUGUUUUGAGAAUAUUUCCAAACAGAUCUCAGUUCUUUCUAUAUGAUUCGAUUGUGCUCAGCUGUGUGAACGAUGGAAACUCAUCUGACUGGAGAGUAAUGAGAAAAACAACCAACAGCGAAGCCAAAGAGUGUUCCUCCUGGGGGAAGAUAAAUGUGUCGCAAUGCUUAAUCGAUGCCGUUUACAAAUUAGACAGUGGAUUGUACUGGUGUGAAUCCAGAACUGGAGCAUGCAGUGAAGUUAUAAACAUCACUGUGACAGAUGGUCCUGUGAUCCUGGAGAAUCCUGUGCUUCCUGUAGCAGAGGGAGAAGCAGUGAGCCUGCACUGCAUCCAUAAAAAUGGCUCCUCCAACCUCACUCAGUUUUAUAAAGAUGGUCUCCUGAUUGGGAGCAGCACAACUGGAAACAUCACCAUCCAGGAUGUUUCCAAGUCUGAGGAAGGUCUCUAUAAGUGUAACAUUGCUGGAGCUGGAGAAUCGGCAGAGAGCUGGCUGUCAGUCAGAGCUAAAGCGGACGAUGACAUGUCCUAUAUCGAUGUCACCUUCCUACAGGGAGUGCAGCCAAAGGCAAAUGCAGAAAGAACAUCUGAACCACCACUAUACUCAACAAUCAAAUGUGGAACCGGCUGAUAGGAUCCCACCCGCAUUAAUCGCUUAAAAAUGUCUUGUUAUAUAAUGUUUGUAUUUUUCCUGAUAUUUUUUAAAGAAGACAUUCUUCAUAAUGCUUUAUUUUGCAUUUCAUGUAACAAAGUGAGAAAGUCCUUUACAUAUCCAAAAUGAUCUGAAAUAUCAAAACAUUAUAUCCUAUGUAUUUUGGGUUAAAAUAUGACAAAAGUAUACAUACAGAGAGCAUCAUG